UACCUUUUCCUGCCUUCUGAAACUUCUGAUUCUUAGAGUGAAUUGUUGGUUCAUAAUCCUCAUAUUUGCACUUGCCCUGUCCCUUUUGCACAAAGAGCUACUUUAUUGAACUUAUACUGAUGAAUUUUGUUGAGAAGAUGGUUUAUGUGCCAUCCAGUUGGUUGAAGUUUGAUUGCCAGUGCAGAGCUGCCAUUUUGGCUGGUAGCAUGGCAUUGGCUUGCACAUCUGGGGAGCCGUGCCCAGCCACAAAGUGCCUGAGCACAAGAGGAAACACCCCAGUACUUUGCCUGAGCACAUGAUGGGUGGUGGUGGCUACUAUCCUCCAGAGCCUCCACAUCCAUUUCGCCAUGAAUACCCACCUUCCUUUGGCAGGCCUUGGCCAGGGCCAGGGUACCAACCUUCCAUGUCCUCGACCAGGGCAAGUCUUGGGACUGGGAGUGAGAUGGGGUCAGAGCCACCAGAUGGAGAUGGAGAUGAUGAGGGUGACUCUGCCCAGAGCAGCUCUUCUGACAAGUCAAGCUCACCCAGUGAGAAGAAAAAGAAGAAGGACAAGAAGAACAAGAAGAAGAAGAAAAGGCAUGACAAAAAGAAGAAGAAGAAGAAAGACAGUGACUCAGAUGAUGCUGACAGUGAAGAGCUGGACAAAAGGGAUGUGCCAAAAGUAACCCUGGCAGUCUCCAAGAAGGGGAAGAAGAAUGUUUUCCCAAGGAGGGAUGCCCUCAGAUUUUUGAAGUACUUGCACCCUGAUCGCUUUCCAGAUGGAUUGAGGCAGACUUUGACAGAUGAACAAAUUGACCAAUGCUUCUUCCUACUUUCUGGGCUCCCACCCUUUUUGCAAGUGAGGGAGCUCAGGGCAGGUAAUAGAGGGAAAUUGACACUUGGAGAAUUAGGUGCCAUUGUUUUGCCAUGCAACCUGUCAUUCACAAGUUCCAUUUAAGCUUUUCAGCUCCUCAGUGUUUGUGCUGCCAUUCCCUGUAGUUUGCAUUCACCCAGCAUCUCCUGGGCCCAGGAAGGAGAAGAUCAAAGAGGCCACGCAGAGUUUUGAGAAGAGGGUAGGCAAGAGGAGAUUUGAUGAAGUCAGCUCAGAUUACAACAAUUUGGACGCAGUGGCUCAGCAGUAUGGAUGGGAUGAAGCUUUCAAUGGAAAGUACCCUCAUGCUAGUUUUGUACCUUGGCAAAAAAAUUAGUGGUGUCAGUGUUCAACCCCUCA